AGGCGCUCUGGGAAAUGUAGGCGGUGUGGGCCCGCCUCUUCGCUUGCUGUACGUGCUCGGCCGCCCGCCUCCUGGGCAAGAGGUGUGUGGGUACGGCGGCGUGUUCCUUUGCCUCGAUUUGUCUCCCUUCAUUCGCCACCGGGCUGUCUCCGGAGAAGAUGGCAGCGGAGGAGGCUGCGGAGGCCUCGCUGGCUGGGCUGUCUCCUGAGCGGAGGCAGUCAGGGCUCGAGAACGACGACGACGAGAAUGAGGAAAACCCUGAAGGCGACGGCGAGACCGCAUCGCUCAAUGGCCUGGUUGUCUUUGGAAAUGCAAAAAGUAACAAUGUGGAUGUGAAAGUUGCCAAGUCAGAACUGAAAACUGAUGAAAAAGGAAUGGAGGAAGAAUCUACAACGGAAUCUGACAGCAACAUUUUGGAUGUAUCAUCUGAUUAUCCAAGAGAGAAACACAUUUCAAUUCAAAGACAUCUUGCUGAUCUAGAGAAACUAGCUGAUGUGAAAGAAGGUGAGUUUACCAUGUCAGUAUCCCAGAACUUCAUGUUAACAGAUGAAAAGAAGCCUUGUCCAUUGUGUCCUGAGGAGAAAUUCAGAGCUUGCUAUAAUCACAAGCUUCAUCGUCACCUUCAGAAUUUACACUGGAAAGUUUCUGUUGAAUUUGAAGGGUACCGAAUGUGCAUCUGUCACUUACCUUGUCAUCCAGUGAAACCAAACCUUAUUGGAGACCAGACAUUUUCAAAGAUGGGAGCCCAUUACCAUUGUAUCAUCUGUUCAGCAACUAUCACACGAAGAAGUGACAUGAUAGGUCAUAUCAAUCGUCACGUGAAUAAAGGAGAAACUGAAUCACGGUUUAUUACAGUUCGUGCUCCCAAGUCUUCUCUAGAAGUGCUGAAAGAGUCGGCCACAGAUGUGCAGGUUCUUCCCAACUAUUCCACACCUCAUAAAACAGAUUCUUAUUUUAAUCCUAAAAUGAAACUCAACAGGCAACUGAUAUUCUGUGCACUGGCUGUUCUGGCUGAGGAGCGUAAUCCUAUAGAGUGUUUGGAUGCUUUUGGUGCCACUGGUAUAAUGGGAUUGCAAUGGGCAAAGCACCUUGGAAGUGCUGUGAAAGUUACUAUUAAUGAUUGUAAUGAAAAUUCCGUGACAAUGAUUCAGGAAAACUGCCAUUUAAACAAAAUGAAAGUGAAAUUGAACAGUAAGGAAGAAGACCAUGAUGAAACUGUGGGAGAUGAAGAAGGAAAUCCUGACACCAUUGAGGUGACAAAAAUGGAUGCCAAUGUUAUAAUGCAUUUGAGAUCAUUUGAUUUUAUCCAUUUGGACCCCUUUGGAACUUCUGUGAAUUAUCUGGAUUCUGCCUUUAGAAAUGUGAGAAAUCUUGGAAUUGUGUCAUUGACAUCCACAGACAUCAGUUCUCUAUAUGCAAAGGCUCAACAUGUUGCCCUACGUCAUUAUGGCUGUAAUAUUGUCAGAACAGAGUACUACAAGGAGCUGGCAGCCAGAAUAGUAAUUGCUGCUGUGACAAGAGCUGCAGCUCGCUGUAACAAAGGCAUUGAAGUUUUACUUGCAGUAGCUCUAGAACAUUUUGUUCUAGUAGUGGUCAGAGUUUUGAGGGGACCAUCCCCUGCAGAUGAUUCAGCCAAGAAAAUAAGAUACCUCAUCCAUUGCCAGUGGUGUGAAGAGAGAAUUUUUCAGAAAGAGGGUAACAUGGUAGAAGAAAACCCUUACCAGCAGCUGCCUUGUGAUUGUCAUGGCAGCAUGCCCGGGAAGACAGCAGUAGCUCUUGGUCCUCUCUGGUCAGGACCCCUAUUUAACACUGGAUUCCUCAGAAGGAUGCUGUUUGAAGCUGUCCAGUAUGGUUUGGAUGAAGUUCAGCCACUUUUGAAGACAUUAGUUUGUGAAGCAGAGUGCACAACUUCAAAACAUUUUUCUACCCAUAGUCCUUAUGAUGAGAACAAACAAGAAGAGUGUGGAGUAUAUAUUAAAACACUGAAUACUGCUGCAGAAUCCUACUUGCUACAAGGAAAAAGAAGAAGUGAUGAAGUGAUUCGAAGUGCAGCCAAGAGACAAAAAUCUGAGAACAGUGCUGAGCACCCUGCAUUUUACUACAAUAUUCACAGACACAGUAUUAAAGGAAUGAACAUGCCAAAGUUAAAUAAGUUCUUAAACUAUCUCUCUGAAGCUGGAUUCCGAGUAAGUAGAACCCACUUCGAUCCUAUGGGAGUUCGCACGAAUGCACCCUUGGCACAAUUUAAGACUAUCCUUACGAAGUACAGCACUCCUACAUACACGGCAGGACAGGCAGAAGGCCCUGUCCAUCUAACUGAAGGUGUCCUGGCAGAACAGGUUCAAGCUGCUGUAGCUGUCAAGACAGAGGAUGUUGAGUUUCUGGAAGACAAUAAAUCUGGAGUCACUGCUGCCAUGUUCACAAAUGACUACCCUACUCACUGUGCAGCUGAUUAAUGCAAGUAAUUUUAUUCAUAGAUGAAGAUAUUGCAGACUUGCAGUCACAUCCUGUUGAAGUAAGCCACCACUUCUUACCAAACUGGAUUUUGAAAAUUUGAGUUAUCCACUCUUUUGGCAGAUAUGUUAGAAUUAUGUAGCAGAAUUUACCCCUGAUCACAGCAUGUGUGUGGUCAAGGUACUGUUACUGUGAAAAGGCCUCAGAGGCAUUUACUUGGAUUUAUGCUCACAUCCACAUUCAAACUGAGGCAUUGUGGCUGCUACCGAGUGUUUGUUGAAGCCUUAUGGAUAGCACAGAAUGCAGAAGAGUGGAUGGGGCCAAAAGUCUUUAAACAUUUCUGGGUAUGAAGUUAAUGUGAAAUGGAAUAUUCCUAAAUUUAAUCAUUCCUAAAACCUCACUGGUUAUAACUCAGAGGGGGCUCACUUUAAGACGAUGAAAUAAGACAGGAUAAAAUAUUACCUGGGUUUAAGCAAGUUAGAAAGUUCUGGCUCAGGACUUCUAACUCCAGAUUGCACAUGUAAUUUGGCAUUCAGUUCUGUUUUCGUUGUUCUGCCUACAAGCAAGGACCUAGCACAGGUGAGAAUGGAAUAGAAUGGUUACAUGACUGUUACUGAAACUUCCAUUUAUAACCAAACUUUAGUGAAUUGUGUUAGUCACUCCAGGUAGUUGUUUGGUUAGAGAUUACAUUUGGUUGAGUAUUACAAUAAAGGUACAGUGACAAGGCACCACAGGUUGGAAGUUCUACUACAAAUUUGUCAAUAAUACAGUCUUAGUGGUUAAAAAGAUCUCUUCUGUGAAUGAGCAAAGAUGCUGUGUGUUGGUAGUCUGUUCUGGUUUCCUUAAAUACAUGGCAACAUUCCAGCCAAAUAA